UCUCUCUCUCUCUCUCUCUCUUACCAAAAAACAGAACAAAGCCAAAGCCUUUCUUACUCUUACUCUCUCCUCUCUCUCCACGACUCUUCCGUUUUUCCGGAGACUCUAACCGGAACUGCACCACCGGUGGAGCUCUCAGUAAUGGGUUUUCCUUGAAAUGUUUGAAACUUGAAAGAAACCAAACAUUUUUCCCUCUACCUUUCAGUUAAUAGUUCUCAGAUUUAGUUUUCAAAAAACUCCAUUCUCUCUUGUUCUUAAACCUCAAAAAUCUUAGCUUUUUGAAGAGUGUUUCUUGUUCCCCUCCCAUAUUUCUCCUCUGGGUUCCUUUUUGUUCCCUACUGCUUUACUUUGCCAAAAGAAUCUCCUUGUUUUAAGCCACAUUUUUGGCUUCUCCAACUUUCUUUCUUUGCAACUGUCAACCUUUUGUUCUGUGAAGCUAAAUGAAAAUGGAGUUUUUGAAAUGCUGAAUAGGAAGAAGAAGAUGAAGGUGAAAAGUCUUUUAACUUUACUUCUAUUUUGGCUGGUUCUUUUGGUUGCUGCUUCUUUUCCAGUGAGAUCUUUGAGCCCAUCUUUGAACGAUGACGUUUUGGGGCUAAUAGUCUUCAAAGCAGACAUUCUAGAUCCAAACCAAAAGCUUUUAUCUUGGAAUGAAGAUGAUGACACUCCUUGUAACUGGUUUGGUGUCAAAUGUAACCCAAGGUUGAACCGGGUUACUGAGCUCAACCUUGACGGGUUCUCUCUUUCGGGUCGGAUCGGCCGUGGCCUUUUGCAGUUGGAGUUCUUAAGGAAACUUUCUUUAGCAAAGAACAAUCUCACUGGAAGUAUAAGCCCCAACUUGGCAAAGCUUGAAAGUCUCAGAAUCAUUGACUUGAGUGAGAAUUCUCUUUCAGGUUCUAUUCCUGAUGAUUUUUUUAAACAAUGUGGGUCUGUGAGGUCCAUUUCUUUAGCUAACAACCGGUUUUCGGGUAAGAUUCCUGGGAGUUUAGGCUCUUGUGCUACUCUCGCUGCUAUUAACUUGUCCAGGAAUCAGUUUUCAGGGUCAUUGCCUGGUGGGAUUUGGGCUUUGAGUGGUUUAAGGUCAUUGGAUUUGUCUGAAAACUUGUUAGAAGGAGAGAUUCCAAAAGGGAUUGAGGCUUUGAAUAAUUUGAGAUCCAUUAAUUUGGGUAAGAAUAGGUUCUCUGGGCAGGUUCCUGAUGGGGUUGGAAGUUGUUUGUUGUUGAGAUCGAUUGAUCUUAGCAUGAAUUUGCUUUCUGGGUCAGUUCCACAGACAAUGCGGAAGCUUAGCUUGUGUAGUUAUUUGAAUUUGAGUAUGAAUUCGUUUGUUGGUGAGGUUCCUGAAUGGAUAGGAGAAAUGAAAAGUCUUGAGACUUUGGAUUUCUCUAUGAAUAAGUUUUCUGGUCAGGUUCCUAAUUCUAUAGGAAAUCUUAAGUUUUUGAAGGUGUUAAAUUUCUCUGCUAACGGUUUAACUGGAAGCUUGCCUGCAUCUAUGGGAAACAAUGUGAAUCUUUUGGCAUUGGAUUUUAGCCAAAAUUUGAUGACUGGUGACCUUCCUGCGUGGAUUUUCAAAUCAGGUUUGAAUCAAGUUUCACUUUCGGAGAAAAAGCUUGGUGCAAAUGUGGAUAAUCCCAUUUCAACUUCACCAGGAACCUCCCUUCAAAAGAUUCAAGUCUUGGAUUUAUCUCACAAUUCGUUUUCUGGGGAAAUAACAUCUGAUGUUGGGGCUUUAAGCGGCUUGCAGCUCUUGAAUCUGUCAAGGAACUCCAUCAUUGGGCGUAUUCCAGGAACUGUUGGAGAGUUGAAGGCGUUGGCUGUUCUUGAUUUGAGUCAAAAUCAGCUUAAUGGAAGCAUUCCUAUGGAAAUUGGAGGAGCUUACUCCUUGAAGGAUCUGAGGCUCAAUGAGAAUUUUCUAGAAGGGAAAAUUCCUAUGUCAAUCGAGAAUUGUACUUUGCUAAUGUCUUUGAUCAUAUCUCAAAACAACCUGAGUGGCACGAUACCUGCAGCAAUUGGAAAACUGAGCAACCUACAAAAUGUGGAUUUGUCUGUCAACGGCCUUGUAGGAACCUUACCCAAGCAAUUGGCCAAUCUUCCCAACCUCUUGUCCUUCAACAUUUCUCACAACAAUUUACAAGGAGAACUGCCUGCUGGUGGAUUUUUUAACACCAUAUCACCCACAGCUGUCUCUGGCAAUCCCUCACUUUGUGGAUCUGCGGUUAACAAAUCUUGCCCUGCUGUUCUCCCUAAACCCAUUGUCCUAAAUCCUAACUCCUCUUCUGACUCCAUUUCUGGUGAUUUACCUCCAAAUGUUGGUCACAAAAGGAUAAUUCUCAGUAUCUCUGCCCUGAUUGCUAUUGGUGCAGCUGCGGUCAUUGUUGUUGGAGUGAUUGCCAUCACUGUCCUUAAUCUACGUGUCAGGUCAUCAACAUCCCGGUCUGCUGCAGCCCUCACUUUAUAUGCUGGGGACGACUUUAGCCGUUCCCCGACUACAGAUGCCAAUUCUGGCAAACUUGUCAUGUUUUCUGGUGAGCCUGACUUUAGUACAGGAGCACAUGCUCUGCUUAACAAGGAUUGUGAGCUUGGGCGUGGUGGGUUUGGAGCAGUGUAUCGAACAGUUUUGCGAGAUGGGCGCUCGGUGGCAAUCAAGAAGCUCACUGUCUCAAGUCUUGUCAAGUCACAAGAAGAAUUUGAAAGGGAAGUUAAAAAACUAGGGAAAAUAAGGCACCCUAAUCUUGUGGCUCUUGAAGGCUAUUACUGGACUCCCUCGCUGCAGCUUCUCAUUUAUGAAUUUGUGUCUGGUGGAAGUUUGUACAAACAUCUCCAUGAAGGAUCAGGUGGAAAUUAUCUUUCGUGGAAUGACAGGUUCAGUAUCAUUCUAGGGACAGCGAAAAGUUUGGCUCACUUGCACCAAUCAAACAUUAUUCAUUACAAUAUAAAGUCAAGCAAUGUCCUUAUUGAUGGCUCAGGUGAACCUAAAGUGGGAGAUUUUGGCCUAGCAAGGUUGUUGCCUAUGCUAGACCGCUAUGUUUUAAGCAGCAAGAUUCAGAGUGCUCUCGGCUACAUGGCACCUGAGUUUGCCUGCCGAACAGUGAAAAUUACUGAGAAAUGUGAUGUGUAUGGAUUUGGCAUUUUGAUUUUGGAAGUGGUUACUGGGAAGAGGCCUGUUGAGUACAUGGAAGAUGAUGUGGUGGUGCUUUGUGACAUGGUCCGAGGAGCACUGGAAGAAGGCAGGGUGGACGAAUGUGUUGAUGGAAGGCUGCAAGGAAAAUUCCCAGCCGAGGAGGCAAUUCCAGUGAUGAAACUAGGCUUGAUCUGCACGUCACAAGUACCAUCAAAUCGGCCAGAUAUGGGAGAAGUAGUUAAUAUAUUGGAAUUGAUCAGAUGCCCCUCAGAAGGCCAAGAGGAUAUGGGAUGAGUUUUAACUAAUACUUUAAGGAAUUGAAAGAUUUAUAAGGGGUUAUCCGGCGAAGAAGAAUCCGGUUUGUUCAUUCGAUCAAAGAGAAGAAAUAUUUGUUUGUUGGAAUCGUUUUUUUCCCUUUUGUUGUAUUGUUUCUUCACUUUUUGAUUUUCCAGUUCACCUUUGUGAUUUCUUCUCUAUGUUAUAGUUAGGUUGCCGGAUUCUUUUUCACCGGGUUCCAUUUUGGGACCCCUUUGGAUAUUGUUACCAAGUUACUAAUCUGCAGUCUUUUGCAAUUUUUGUUCC